UGUUAUGAAUGGGAGUGUGGUAGUUGUCUUUAGUGGGAGAAGAGAAAUGAGAAAGAAGAAUUUUAAUAGAAUUGAAGAAUGUCUCUACCAAUUCAAUCGUUAAACAUUCUCUGCCAUUUUUCAGCAUUUAAUGGCGGCAAUUCUGGGGCGUUUCUUAUGUUUUUCAACUCCUUUUUAUAUCCCUUCUUCUUCUUCUUCUUCAUUUCAAAGGUCUGUAGUUGCCCCGACCUUUCACAAUUUUGACUCUUUCUCUCUUUCUCGCCUGCUUUUGUUUCUUUCUUUAAUUCCAAUAACUCCUUUUUCCACCCAAUUACACGCCAACCUGCGUUGAUUCUUCUUUUUUUUUUUUUUCCUUCUUCGAUUCCGACUCUAUAAACCCUAUUCUUGUUGUUCUUCCUGAUCCCCUUUCUCCUGCAGAUUCUGGCUGAACUGGAUCUAAUUUAACAUAAUACUGGUUGAGCAUCAAGAUCAAGCACUUCAGGUUUUUUCUUUUGAAUGAAGAUUGAGAGCUUGAAGUGCUGAUUAAAAAUCAAAGUUAUAGAUUACAAUGUCUUCACCUGGCAAGAGUGAUCAUAAGGCAACUCUUGAUGCUGCCUCAUGGAUGUUCAAUGUUGUCACGUCUGUUGGGAUAAUCAUCGUCAAUAAGGCAUUGAUGGCCACAUAUGGAUUCAGCUUUGCAACAACUUUAACUGGCCUUCAUUUUGCCACAACCUCCUUGCUGACUUUUAUUCUCAAGCAACUUGGUUAUAUCCAAGAUUCUCACUUACCAUUCCUUGACAUUCUUAAAUUUGUUAUAUUUGCAAAUUUCUCAAUCGUGGGAAUGAACGUCAGCUUGAUGUGGAAUUCUGUUGGGUUCUAUCAGAUCGCAAAGCUGAGCAUGAUCCCAGUAUCUUGUUUUCUAGAAGUUGUGUUGGAUAAGGUGCAAUACUCGAGGGACACAAAACUUAGCAUUCUCUUAGUUCUACUUGGUGUUGGAGUUUGUACUGUCACUGAUGUUAGUGUCAACAUGAAAGGUUUUGUGGCUGCUGUAGUGGCAGUAUGGAGCACUUCCUUGCAGCAGUAUUAUGUACAUCAUCUACAACGAAAAUAUUCUCUUGGAUCCUUCAACUUAUUAGGUCAUACCGCUCCAGUGCAGGCUGCUUCUUUGCUGUUACUUGGCCCCUUUUCAGACUACUGGUUGACUGGAAAAAGAGUUGAUGCCUACGGAUUCACUUUUAUGUCAUUGGCGUUCUUAAUCCUUUCAUGUACCAUUGCGGUAGGGACCAAUCUCAGCCAGUUCAUAUGCAUAGGUAGAUUCACUGCUGUGACAUUCCAAGUUCUCGGCCAUAUGAAGACCAUUUUAGUCUUGACGCUAGGAUUCAUUUUCUUUGGGAAGGAGGGCCUCAACUUACAAGUAGUUAUAGGUAUGGCCAUUGCAAUUCUAGGAAUGAUCUGGUAUGGCAAUGCCUCAUCUAAGCCAGGAGGGAAGGAGCGUCGUAGUUUUUCGUCAACGAGCAGUAAGGCAUUAAAGCACACCGGAUCAGAAUCUUCGGACCCUGAUGAAAAGGGCUUAGACAACACCUAGAGAUUGGCCACGGGUUGGGGCCGGGAAUGACUUCUCUAUCCUCAUCUCCACUUCCCAUUUCAUUCCCCAUCCCCCGAAAUUCUCCACAAGAAAUUUGCAGUGAUCGGAUUUCCCAUGGAAAAAAUUUCCCCUAUCAGCACCUCCUGCUUCCUAGGACUUCUCAUGUGCAGAUUGAAAAUUUUUAUCAGUGGGUCUCUCUAACUUGUGGAUGUGCCUUAUUUCCUAUUGUAGGUAUGAAAAAGUUGACAAUCUUUUUCACCACCAUAAAUCUUUGUUUCUCUGUGCUCAUGAUUACAGGAAGCAAGCUUUUACACUUUUCCAACUUCACUUGUGUUGUAUUAUUUUAAUAUAUAUAUUGGAGACAACCUAAUGUUUAUAGGUUGGUUAUGUUGUUGCCCA